AUGGCAUCAUCCAAGACUUGGCUUGUUACCGGUGCAUCAUCCGGACUUGGCGCAGCGAUCGCCGAGACAGCUCUGCAAGCAGGCCACAAAGUGAUCGCUACAGCCCGCAACCCAACCAAAGCAGCCGAAUCCAACCCGCAGAUCACAAAGCUCGGCGGCACCUGGAUCGAGUUGGACGUGACCAGCCCGGAUACAUCAAAAAUUGUGGAAAACGCAAUCAACGAGGCUGGUGGUGCUGUCGAUGUGGUUGUCAACAAUGCAGGGUACUCGCUGCUGGGGAGUAUCGAGGACAUGAGCGAAAAGGAAAUCGAGACCCAGUUCUGCACAAAUGUCUACGGGCCCGUCCGUGUGUUAAAGGGUGCUCUCCCGUUUCUGCGGGCGAGGAAAUCCGGUACUGUGGUGAACAUCAGCAGCAGUGCUGGGAUUGAUGGACUGCCCACUUGUGCGAUCUAUGCUGGAACAAAGUUUGCUAUUGAGGGUAUGUCCGAAAGUCUUGCAAGAGAGCUCGCACCGUUUGGUAUCCGAGUACUCCUCGUCGAGCCAGGCUCGCUUCGAACCAAUUUCUGGUCUGCUUAUGUCGAGCCUGCCGCUGGCAUGAAUCCGGACUAUGCCGGGACGCCUCUGGAAAAUGUCCUCAAAGCAUUCAAAUCAAGCACGGGCACGCAGCCCGGCGACGCUGUGAAAUGUGCCCUCCGGAUUUUGGACGUCGUGGAUGGUACCGGCAUGGGUGCUGGGAAAGAAAAUCUGUUUCGGUUGCCGCUGGGCCCGGAUUGCUGGAAGCGCUUCCAGACGAAGGUCGAUACCUUGCAGGAGAAUUUGCAGCAGACGAAGGAGAUUGCACACUCGACUGCCUAUUGA